AUGGUGGUGUUCAUCGACGACAUCUUGAUUUACUCCCGGAAUGAUGCCGAGCAUGAAGAACACUUAAGGAUAGUGCUAAAGCUUUUGCUAGAGACGAAAUUGUAUGCCAAGUUGAAAAAAUGCAAGUUUUGGCUUCAAGAGGAUGCUUUCUUAAGCUAUGUGAUUUCUCCCGCUGGAGUGAUAGUUGACCUGAAGAAGGUUGAUGCAAAUCGAGAUUUGUCUAGAUCGACGACGAUCACUGAGGUGAAGAGCUUCUUGGGAUUAGCUGGAUACUACCGUCGGUUCAUAGAAGGCUUUGUGAAGCUUUCCACACCUCUCACUUGA